CCGCGCGGUCGGGCAGCGGCGCAGUGACGGCAGCCGCCUAGGUAUGGCCCGAGGGAGAAGCGGAGUCCAGCCUGGGCUGCGGCCGAGACCUCGGAGGAGCUGGGACAACGGCCACCGCAGAGAUGAAGGGAGAAGCUAGAAGAAUGCAACAGAAUGAGAAGGCAAAGCAGGAGGGACACGUCUGGGGCUCCAUGAGGAGGACAGCUUUCAUCCUGGCCUCUGGCCUUCUCUUGCUUGUGGCCUUCUGGAACACAGUCACAUGGCAUCUUCAGAGAUUUGGGGGCACUUCUGGCUAUUUUUGGCAAGUCCAGUGGGAGAGGCUGCUGUCGAGAUUCGAAGGGAAGGAGUGGACCCUCUACAUUACAGGUGUCACCCAAGUACCGAGUCUGGUCUUCUGGAGCUUCAAUGGGCUCCUCCUGGUGGUUGACACAACCGGAAAACCUAACUUCAUCUCCCGCUACCGAAUUCAGGUGGACACCGAGAAACUACGCCAGUGUAUCCACACAGUUCUCUUCAACCAGGUCGUGAUCUCUUUGCCCAUGCUGGUCUUCCUCUAUCCCAUCCUCAAGCUGUGGGGAAACCCCUGCCACCGAGAGCUACCCACCUUCCACUGGUUCCUCCUGGAGCUGGUUAUCUUCACUCUGAUUGAGGAAGUCCUGUUCUACUACACACACCGGCUCCUUCACCACCCAACAUUCUACAAGAAAAUCCACAAGAAACACCGAGGCCUAUGAGAGAGACAUCCUCCUGCUGCACUUCACGCCACUGUCUGAGAGCAUCCCAGAUGCCCCGAAGAAGAUGGAGUGAGAGGGGUGCCUGGGUGGCUCAGUGUUAAGUGUCUGCCUUCGGCUCAGGUCAUGGUCCCAGGGUCCUGGG